AUGCCCGAGCUCGCUCAAUCUACACAUAAAUGCCGCCGCCCGCAUGACGACACACGUUGGUGGCUGGCCCGACAAGUGCUUCCAAAACUUCAAGACCGAGUGACGGAUAUUAUUGAAGAUCCUCUAGACAGGUAUAGGGCGGGUCCGUUUGUCCUGGCCCACAUGAAUUUCAACCCACGAAACAUCAUAUUCUCGCGUGAAGGUGGGCAUAUUCUUUGCGUUGUGGACUGGGAAAUGUCUUCGACAGUUCCUCUAUGGGCGCUGGUAUGCUACCCAUCGUGGUUUGGUCAAGUAUGUCCAACUCUUCGUAAACGUAGUUCGCGGGAGACACAGAUAUUCAAGGAUGUCUACAUAAGAGAGCUCCAAAGGCUCACGCUUGAGCCUUCUAUCCUGAGCGUCGUGCAGAAUUCAAGAUCAGAAGCAAAACGCCGUUUCGCGGAUGUGGCAACAUUGCCUUGGACCAAGGCUUAUCGUAUGCUAGAUUGGAUCAAUGAAAAUCCAAAGAAGCGUUAG